GUGUGAGGAACUUUCCCAAUGAGCUGAAUGUGUAGGGUGCAUCAGUAGUGGUGCUGGCUAAUUUGAAGCCGAGGAAUAUGAGAGGGGUUAAGUCAUGUGGUAUGCUUUUAGCUGCGUCUGACUCUGCUCAUGAGAAUGUUGAGCUUCUUGUUCCACCUGAAGGCUCUGUUCCUGGAGAUAGAGUGUGGUUUGGUAACGAAGACGAUCUCGAGCAGCUUCCUGAACCUGCACCUCCUAAUAAGGUUCAAAAGAAGAAGAUGUGGGAAUCGGUGCAACCGCUUUUGAAGACUGAUGCGUCUGGUGUUUCGAUGCUUAAGGACGAGCAUUUGAUGAUGCGAACAUCUUCUGGUCUUGUUACUUCAAAAUCUUUAAGAAAUGCCAACAUUUCUUGAUUUUAUUUUUAAGCUAUAUUAAGAUGUUUUUUUUUGACAAAGAAGAGAAAGAACAAGCCGCCAAGGCAAUUUUUUUCAUUGCAAAUCAAACUGUUGUUUUUUUUUUUGUUGAAUCAUCAAAAUAAGGUUAUAACUUUAAAAGGUACAAAACAAAUCCC